UUUGCUGAAAAGAUUGGAAUGGUUUUAAGCCGACUGAAGCUAAGCUCACACUCGGGUGCAUCAGCUGCCAGCUCUUCUCCCUCAACAGAGAGUAAGUUUUGAUACCAGGAUCUGAAUGCACCAGAUGAAGAAAUGAUUCAGCAAGUAACAUCUUACUGGAGAUCACUGGUCAUCCCUUUGUUUUUCUGUCUGCUUCUACAAUCACCACAGACACAGCUUUCCAUCACCACGAAGCCAAACAUUGUCCUGUUGAUGGCUGAUGACCUUGGUAUAGGGGACAUAGGUUGCUAUGGGAAUGAUACUAUCAGGACCCCAAACAUUGACCAUCUGGCAAAAGAAGGAGUGAAACUGACUCAGCACAUCGCUGCAGCUCCACUUUGCACCCCCAGCAGAGCAGCUUUCCUCACUGGCAGAUAUCCCCUCCGAUCAGGCAUGGAUGCUAUAAACAAUUAUCGUGUUAUUUUUUGGAAUGGCGGCUCAGGAGGGCUCCCUCCAAAUGAAACCACUUUUGCCAAAAUAUUGCAGCAACAAGGCUACAGCACAGGACUAAUAGGGAAAUGGCAUCUAGGUGUUAACUGUGAAUCCUGCAAUGACCACUGUCAUCACCCUUUAAACCAUGGGUUUGGUUAUUUUUACGGCAUGCCUUUUACGCUAAUAAGUGACUGCCUGACAACAGAACCUCCAGAGAUGGACAGAGAAUUUAGAAGGAAACUCUGGCUUUACACGCAGAUGAUUGGUCUUCUUACACUCACUUCAGCCCUAGGAAGACUUACAGGCUUGAUUUCAGUCAGCUGGAAAACAGUGACCUACCUUACUGGGUUUAGUCUUUUGUUCUUUGCAUCCUGGUUCUCAAGUUAUGGAUUCAUAAGAUACUGGAAUUGCAUUAUGAUGAGAAACCAUGAAGUUACUGAACAGCCAAUGGUGGCAGAGAGGACUACGCCCCUUAUCUUGAGGGAGUCUAUUUCGUUUAUUGAAAGAAACAAGCACAAGCCAUUCCUCCUCUUUCUUUCCUUUUUACAUUCCCACACCCCUCUCCUCACCACAGAGAAAUUUAUUGGGAAGAGCAGCCAUGGUUUAUAUGGAGACAAUGUAGAGGAGAUGGACUGGAUGGUGGGCCAAGUUCUAGAUGCUAUUGAGAAGGAAGGCUUGAAAAAUAUUACACUAGUUUACUUUACCUCUGAUCAUGGUGGAUGGCUGGAAAGACAAGAAGGAAAAAGGCAACUGGGUGGUUGGAAUGGAAUAUACAGAGGUGGAAAAGCUAUGGGAGGCUGGGAAGGAGGAAUCCGUGUCCCAGGGAUAUUUAGAUGGCCAGGAGUGUUACCUGCAGACACAGUUAUUGACGAACCUACAAGCCUUAUGGACAUUUAUCCUACAAUAGUACAUCUGGCUGGAGGGGUAAUACCCCAGGACAGGGUAAUUGAUGGCCGGGACCUGAUGCCUUUACUGCAAGGAACAGUCCAGCACUCAGAGCAUGAAUUCCUGUUUCAUUAUUGUGGUGUUCACUUACAUGCAGUGCGGUGGCACCAGAAGGACAGUGGAGCCAUCUGGAAGGCUCAUUAUGUGACCCCAAUCUUCCAUCCACUCGGGGCUGGAGCUUGUUAUGCCAGAGGAUUUUGCCCAUGCUUUGGGGAAGGCGUGACCCAUCACAACCCUCCGUUGCUGUUUGAUCUCUCACGAGACCCCUCUGAAGCCAAACCUCUAACAGCUGAUGCUGAGCCCCUCUUUGACAUUGUAGUAAAGAAGAUUGGAAGAGCCAUUGAAGAGCAUCGCAGGACACUGACUCCAGUCCCGGAGCAGCUCUCCUUCUAUAAUGUUGUAUGGAAGCCGUGGCUGCAGCCAUGCUGUGGGACAUUCCCAUUCUGUUGGUGUGAUAAGGAAGGUGAUAACAAACUUGCUGAUCUAUAA